AUGUUGCUGUAUAAAAGUAGACGAAAAAUGCGAAAAUUUCUCCAGUAUCUACUGAUAGUGCUUGGAUUUCUGUUGGUAUGGUGCACACUGACUAUUGUGAUACUGUACAUACAAGAUACGGAAGCAACAGGUGAUGUGCUCACCUUCUUGGAUUCCCAUUGUGAAUGCACCGAAGGAUGGUUGGAACCGCUUCUUGACCGUAUAAAGGACAACCGCAAAGCAGUCGUUUGUCCUGUCAUCGAUGUCAUCAAUGAUCGUACCUUUCAAUAUCAAAAGGGUCUUGAUAUGUUUCGUGGUGGAUUCAACUGGAAUCUCCAAUUUAGGCAGCAUUGUUUCAGAUGGUACGCAAUGCCGUCCGAUAUGGCUAAGCAACGUCUGGUCGAUCCAACCUCUCCCAUACCCUCACCGACAAUGGCUGGCGGUCUGUUUAGUAUAGAUCGUCACUACUUUGAAGAACUCGGCACUUACGAUCAUGGAAUGGAUAUAUGGGGCGGGGAAAACUUGGAGAUUUCCUUCCGAAUCUGGCAAUGUGGAGGUCGAGUAGAAAUCCUGCCAUGCUCCCAUGUUGGGCAUAUCUUCCGUCAUGCUUCACCCCAUGACAUUCCGGGAAAUUCCUCUGGAAAAGUCCUCGACGGAAAUAUGGUUCGCGUAGCGGAAGUAUGGAUGGACGAAUGGAAAUUCCUUUUCUACAAACUAGCCCCACAGACAGGAAAACUUCGAAGUGUCGUGGAUCUGAGUGAGCGCCUUGAACUUCGACGUCGUCUCGGUUGUAAGAGCUUCCGAUGGUAUCUCGAGAACGUGUUCACCGAUCAUCACAUGCCAAUGGAAGGUGAUUUCUUCGGACGGAUACAUUUCCCAGCCGACAUAUCCAACGCAACUUGUGUCGCCUGGGCUUUUGCCAUGUCUGGCAUCAAGAAAGUCACUCAAACUCGUUGCACGGAUAAGACUGACAAAACGCAGAUUUCAUUAGACUUCAAUACGUUGUGUAUGGUUAAUCGGCCAGGAGAGCCAGGAACUAAGAAACAUCAGCUAAAAAUGGCGCCCUGUACGUUGGGAUUCGAUCAUUGGCAGGUUUGUUCAUGA